AUCUGGAAACACUGGACAGUUACUUUGAAGACAGUUGACCAACAGCAGGGGAUUAAAUAAUAUCACAAGAAAUUGUGUAACAGCAGGUGACAGUGGACACACUACCGCAUUAGCUACAUUGUCAUUAAUUGCAAAACUCGAAUGACAUGGUUGAACUGAGGAUACACSAGGACUCACAACAAAAAGUCAUGCGGAUCACGGAAAAGCCACAACUUUGUUUUAAAAGCCUUCAGUUGUGAUAUUCAACAGAAUAGGCUACAUUUUGYAAGCCUUGCGACUCGCGAUGCCCGGGUGUUUGAGCUAAUGCGCAGAAGCAUCACAACGUGUUUUGAGGAAAAAGGUCACGAACUCUGACCCUGCCUGAAGCAGGAGCAAAAGACAGAAAAAUAACAUUAAUUUAUUACCUAUACAAUAGCGUACAACAAGCAGAGCAGUUUGAUGUGCCUCCUGGGGCUUUGAUGUGAGCAGCAGCAGAAGGAAACAGAAUCGGCGUCAUGGACGGACAGACUCAGAGGAUUCAGCUGGUGUCAGCUGAUGGUGGCAUGAUGGGACACCGUAUCCAGAUUGUGACAGACCAGUCCACGGGCCAGAAGAUCCAGAUCGUCACUGCAUUGGAGCAGGGUUCUGGUGGGAAGCAGCAGUUUAUCCUGGCYAACGCAGACUACUCCACGGCAGGCAAGUAUUUCCAGUUUGUGACGGAAGGGUCAGACCAGGCCCUUUCCAAGCCCGUGGUGGAGUACUGUGUGGUGUGUGGAGACAAGGCCUCAGGUCGUCACUACGGGGCAGUGAGCUGUGAGGGCUGUAAGGGUUUCUUCAAGCGCAGCAUCAGGAAGAACCUGGUUUAUACAUGCAGGGGGUCCGGCGAGUGUGUCAUCAACAAGCACCACAGGAACCGCUGCCAGUACUGCAGACUUCAGCGUUGCAUGGUUCUGGGCAUGAAACAGGACUCCGUUCAGUGUGAGAGGAAGCCRGUGGAUGUAUCCAGAGAGAAGUCUAUCAACUGUGCUGCGUCUACAGAGAAGAUCUACAUCAGGAAGAACCUGUGUAGUCCCCUGGCUGCCACGCCCACCUUCGUCACUGACAAGGAGACCGCCAGGUACUACAAGGAGACAGCCAGAUCAACUAGUUUGCUGGAGUCGAGCAUGCUCCUCAACAUCCAGCAGCCAUUCCCCAAGCUGGAGAACACCAUCCUGCUCCCGACAUCCCCUGAAUCGAAUGACCCAUGUCAGGGUGACCUGAGCACGCUGGCCAACGUGGUGACAUCAUUGGCUCACCUGAACAAGGCCCGGGAGAUGAAYGACAUUACAGACGGCAAUGACCUAAUGGGUAUGGACGACACCCUUAGCAACGGAGACAGCUCAAUGACGGAUCUCCAAGGAGACGAACAGACCGCCAGUGACAUUACGCGAGCGUUUGACACCCUGGCCAAGGCCUUGAAUCCUGGUGAUGGCUCAGCGGCCUCUCUGGAGGCCACGUUGCAGUUGAUGUCAGGGGACCAGUCGGGCCCUGUGGUGGAGCUGGAGGGGCCCCUUCUCUCAGACAGCCACGUCCCCUUCAAGUUGAUGAUGCCUUUGCCCAUGCCUGAGUACCUAAACGUGAACUACAUCUGUGAGUCGGCCUCAAGGCUCCUCUUCCUGUCCAUGCACUGGGCGCGCUCCAUACCUGCCUUCCAAGCCUUGGGGGGUCUCGAUAAUGACAUUAACCUGAUGAAGGCUUGUUGGAACGAGCUGUUUGCUCUGGGCCUGGCUCAGUGCGCCAACGUUAUGAAUGUCGCCACCAUCCUGGCUGCCAUCAUCAACCACCUGCAGACCAGCCUACAAGAAGGUACAGGAGAGAAGCUGUCACCAGAGCGAGUGAAGCUGGUGAUGGAACACAUCUGGAGGAUGCAGGAGUUCUGUAACRGCAUGGCCAAGCUGUCCCCUGACUCGUAUGAAUACGCCUACCUCAAAGCCAUCGUCCUCUUUAGCCCUGACCACCCAGGCAUUGACAACACCUUACAGAUUGAGCGGUUCCAGGAGAAGGCUUACAUGGAGCUACAGGACUAUGUUACCAGGACCUACCCAGAAGACUCCUAUCGGUUAUCCAAGCUGCUGCUGCGGCUCCCGGCCCUGCGGCUGAUGAGUGCAGCGGUGACCGAGGAGCUGUUCUUCGCUGGCCUCAUCGGCAACGUGCAGAUAGACAGCAUCAUCCCUUACAUCCUCAAGAUGGAGUCCACCGACUACAACAGCCAGGUGGCCACUGGAGUCUGACCUUUUGACCUGACCCACUCCGACCUGGUCACCACAGCAGCCAGAAGCAUCUCCUGGUCACCGUGGCAACAUCACCUGCAGGACAACUGUAGGGCUGUAGGCAAACUUCCAAGGUAAAAAUGCAGGGUCGUGUUCAUUAGGGCACACCAUUAGCAAAAA